AAACAACCACGAAAACAAGCGAAACGAUCGAGAUUUCGUUGUUAAUUAAAACGUAAAAAGGAACUAAAAUGCUACCUCAACGAUGCAGUAAGCUGAUAAAACACACAUUUUUGAAUAUAAGAACCGCAAGAUGUUAUUCCACGGCGCCGGAAAAUGUUGGAAAACAGUACCAGAACGUAGAUCAGCGAGAGGUGGACAACUUAUCACGACAGUCGAACGAAUGGUGGGAUCCGAAUGGGCCGAUCCGCGGAUUGCACGCCAUGAAUGCUUUACGUGUGCCGCUGAUUCGCGAUGGACUCAUCGCCACCGGUGUUGUCGGUAGAGAUCGAAUCCAGAAACCCAAAGUUCUCGAGAACGUUAACAUCCUAGAGGUCGGCUGUGGAGGGGGCAUUCUAUCGGAAAAGCUGGCCCGCCUGCAUGCCAACGUGGUCGGUAUCGAUCCCAGCGAGAAGCUCAUUUCCGUUGCCAGCGAACAUGCCAAAGAGAGCAGGGAUUUGAUUCCAGACCACAUCCAGUAUCACGUGGAAACCAUCGAGGUUCAUGCGUCCAAGAAUCCGGAACGGUAUGAUGCAGUUGUGGCAUCGGAAGUGUUGGAGCAUGUCGGGGACAAAGUGGCGUUCAUAGAACAGUGCGUGAGCGCUCUGAAACCCGGGGGAUCGAUCUUCAUCACCACGCUGAACAAAACCCCUGCAUCCUGGCUGGGUGCGAUCGUGGGUGCAGAAUACAUCUUCAAGCUGGUCCCCGAGGAGACGCACGAUUGGGACAAGUUUAUUUCGCCACUGGAGCUGCAAAGAAUACUGUCCUGUUACAGCUGCAAAACUAUCUUGUUCCACGGAAUGUUCUACCAGUUUUGGGCGAAUCAGUGGUGUUGGACCAAAAACACCGAAAUCAAUUACGCUAUUCAGGCGGUGAAAAUGGUCGAAUCUUAAGGACAGAGCAAUGUAUUACAAUGAGUCUUCUAAGUCAAAGAAAUAAAGGUAGAUGAAUGGAAGUUGUGGUUUAUUGUA